AGAGACACGUGAGGCGCUGCUACGUCAUCAAAGGCACGCGCAGGAAACAUGGCGGCGGCGGGGGUUGUGAGCGGGAAGAUUAUAUAUGAACAGGAAGGGGUGUAUAUUCAUUCAUCUUUUGGAAAGACCAGUGACCAAGACAGCUUGAUUUCAGGAAUAUUACGUGUUUUAGAAAAGGAUGCUGAAGUAAUAGUGGACUGGAGACCACUGGAUGAUGCAUUGGAUUCUUCUAGUAUUCUGUAUGCUGGAAAGGACUCCAGUUCAGUCGUGGAAUGGACCCAGGCCCCAAAAGAAAGAGUUCAUCGAGGAUUGGAACAUCUGAACAGUUACGAAGCAGAGUGGGACAUGGUUAAUACAAUUUCAUUUAAAAAGAAACCACAUACCAGUGGAGAUGCUCCAAGUCAUAGAAAUGGGAAAAGCAAAUGGUCAUUCCUGUUCAGUUUGACAGACCUGAAAUCAAUCAAGCAAAACAAAGAGGGUAUGGGCUGGUCGUAUUUGGUAUUCUGUCUAAAGGAUGACGUCGUUCUCCCUGCUCUGCACUUUCAUCAAGGAGAUAGCAAACUACUGAUUGACUCUCUUGAAAAAUAUGUGGUAUUGUGUGAAUCUCCGCAGGACAAAAGAACACUUCUUGUGAAUUGUCACAAUAAGAGUCUUUCACAAUCUUUUGAAAAUCUUCUUGAUGAACCAGCAUAUGGUAUAAUACAAAAGAUUAAAAAGGACCCUUAUACAGCCACUAUGGUAGGAUUUUCCAAAGUCACAAACUACAUUUUUGAUAGUUUAAGAGGCAGCGAUCCUUCUGCACAUCAACGACCACCUUCAGAGAUGGCAGAUUUUCUUAGUGAUGCUAUUCCAGGUUUGAAGAUAAAUCAACAAGAAGAACCAGGAUUUGAAGUCAUCACAAGAAUUGAUUUGGGCGAACGACCUGUUGUUCAAAGGAGAGAGCCAGUAUCAUUGGAAGAAUGGACUAAGAACAUUGAUUCCGAAGGAAGAAUUCUAAAUGUAGAUAAUAUGAAGCAGAUGAUAUUUAGAGGGGGACUUAGUCAUGUAUUGAGAAAACAAGCAUGGAAAUUUCUUCUGGGUUAUUUUCCUUGGGACAGUACCAAAGAGGAAAGAACUCAAUUACAAAAACAAAAAACUGAUGAAUACUUCAGAAUGAAACUACAGUGGAAGUCUGUCAGCGAGGAACAGGAGAAGAGAAAUUCGAGGUUAAGAGAUUAUAGAAGUCUUAUUGAAAAAGAUGUUAACAGAACAGAUCGAACAAACAAGUUUUAUGAAGGCCAAGAUAAUCCAGGGUUGAUUUUGCUUCAUGACAUUUUGAUGACCUACUGUAUGUAUGAUUUUGAUUUAGGAUAUGUGCAAGGAAUGAGUGACUUACUUUCCCCUCUUUUAUAUGUGAUGGAAAAUGAAGUAGAUGCCUUUUGGUGCUUUGCCUCCUACAUGGACCAAAUGCAUCAAAAUUUUGAAGAACAAAUGCAAGGCAUGAAGACCCAGCUAAUUCAGCUAAGUACCUUACUUCGAUUGUUGGACAGUGGAUUUUGCAGUUACUUAGAAUCCCAGGACUCUGGAUACCUUUAUUUUUGCUUCAGAUGGCUUUUAAUCAGAUUUAAAAGGGAAUUUAGUUUUCUAGAUAUUCUUCGAUUAUGGGAGGUAAUGUGGACUGAACUACCAUGUAAAAAUUUCCAUCUUCUUCUCUGUUGUGCUAUUCUGGAAUCAGAAAAGCAGCAAAUAAUGGAAAAGCAUUAUGGCUUUAAUGAAAUACUUAAGCAUAUCAAUGAAUUGUCCAUGAAAAUUGAUGUGGAAGAUGUGCUAUGCAAGGCAGAAGCAAUUUCUCUACAGAUGGUAAAAUGCAAGGAGUUGCCACAAGCGGUUUGUGAGAUCCUGGGGCUUCAGGACAGUGAAGUUACAACACCAGAUUCAGACAAUGGUGAAGAUGAAAAUGUUGGCAUGACUAGUUGUCCGACAUCUGCAUUUCAGAGUAACUCCUUGCCUGUACUUGCUGCCAGUGGAGCCAGAGAUGACAACCCAACAGAGAUAUCCAUGUCCCCAAAUGUCAGCAGAGUAACACCUGCAUGAUCAUUCUUCAUGCUUUUUGAAGAGACACUUAGUUGCAGCUUCUUUUCAAGUACUGGAAAGGUGGAAAUUUAAAAUCUUGUUAUUGAUCAUGCUUUAAGGUUUAUGGAAAGAAAGUGUACUGAUGUUCUUGCAUUAAAGCUUUACGAAGAUUUAAACUAA